AUGUACGACGUUCCGCGUCCCCGUUGGAGACAAAGGUUCCUGCCUCGUGUUCGUUGUGUUUUACUGGCAUAUUUGGCUGGGUCGCUAUGCUUCGCAUGGUGGCCUUCCAGGCCGACAAGAUUAGUGAGAAAUGCUGGGAGGACCUACCAGUUACUACCAACGAAGAAACUUGAGCAAGAGCGCGCUUUGCUCACUCAGCCAGUUCAUCGGGAAGUUGCUCCGGGUGUUUUCAACCCUUUGCUGGAUGAGCUGAAUGGGAUCCCGCGACUGGAGAAGGUGAGAUCAGAGCAUUUGGUCAGCGCUGUGGAUUUGGUGUUGGAGCAGUUUCAAUCCGACCUGAGAAGGAUCCAGUCCAGCCUUUACAAGAAGAUGGCUUUGCAGCAGCAGAGGCUUUCGUAUGAGGAAGUCCUUGGGCCUGUGGAGAUACUUCUCGAUCGCGUCGAAAAAGUUUGGGGUGCCAUCCAUUUUCUGCGAAGAGCAUGGCGAAUCUCUCCAAAGAUCGAUGAGAUUUACCAUCAACUUUCGUACCGGCUAUCUACGGCUGCGUCCAUCUUGGCCCAGUCUGACUUCUUACACGAGGCUCUGCGGCAACUCAGUGAGCAAGAUCUGAGUCCAGUGCAGCGACGUGUGGUGAUGCGAUUGGCUCGCGAAGGAUUUACCAUGGGUGUGGGUAUUGAGGAUCCAAAGACGCUGAGAUCCUUGGAAGAAGGCACUAAAAGACUGGCGCAAUUGGCGACGGUCUUUUCGCAGAACGUGGCGCAGGAUGAGGAGCAAGUUCUUCUGCGAGCAUCUCGUGAUGAGAUCAAAGGAUUGUCGCAGAAGGUCUUGAAUGUCCUCAACACAGGUGAUGGGGAGGAAUUUUGGUUGACAUCACAGCGUGAAGCCUGUGAAGCUUAUGGUCGAGAUGCUGAGAACGCUGAUGUGCGCCGGAAAGCCUUUCUGGCAGCUCGCAGGCUUGGCUCUGGCAAUCUGCCGGUGAUUGCUGAGAUGCUGCGGAUUCGACAGGAUUGGGCCGCAGUGCUUGGCUACAGGAACUUUGCUGAUUUGGUGUUCGAAGCUCGUAGCGCUUCGAAAGCGGAGGUGGAGAUGUUGCUGCAAGCCUUACGUGAAAGUAGCGAGGCGGCAGCUGUGGAAGAACUCAAGGAUUUGAAGACCUUUGCUGACGAAGACCUUCGAGUUUGGGACAUCGAUCACGUUAGAUCCAAGAUGAAGCAGUCAGAAUUCGAGGAGGCACAGCUGGAGCCAUACCUUCCGCUAACUGGUGUGAUCCGUGGUCUCUUCAAACUGAUCGAGCGCCUCUUUAAUGUCCGAUUGGAGACGGCGACUUCACGCAGGGAAGUGCCGUUGUGGCACAGGAGCAUCCGCUUUUAUCGCGUGGUGGAUGUUGACUCGCAGCAUCCCAUCGCGGGUUUGUAUUUGGACCUGUUCCAGCAUGGCAAGAAGCUUCGCUCGGGGGGCUUUUGGUCGGACUCCUUCGUGAGUUUCUCCAAGCGCUUGGGAAACAACCAGGAUGUUAGGAGGCCGAUUGCUCACAUUGUAGGAGACUUGCCGCCGCCAGCUGAUGGUCCAAACCUACUGUCUUUGCGCGAGGUUCGGUCGCUGUUCAAUGCAGCAGGUGGUGCUCUACAGCACCUGCUGAAUCAACAGGAGGAAGGUCUUGCAAGCCCGGAGAAUAUGGAGAUGGAUGCCGCGCUUCUCCCCAAUUUUAUGGAGCAAUGGGCGAUGGAUCCUUCAACUCUACAGUCCUUCGGAGGACAUUGGGAGACUGGUGAGGUCAUUCCUGACCACCUCUUGCAGGCGAUGAAAGCCCAGGCCAAGCAUGGAGCAUUGGAUCUCUUCCAGAAAGUUUCCUGGGCUCAACUUGAUUUGGAACUUCACUCACAGGAUCUCAGUGAGGAUGGGAUCGAUGGGAUCUUGGAAGUGGCUCGCGCCCAACUGGCCAGUGAGGAGAUUGCCUCAGUGCUGCCAGAUUUCAACGAUGCUGUGGAAGAAGGCCUGUGCAAUUUCCAUGGGCCUUUCUCCACUGGCUUUGCUGCUGGUGAGUAUGUGAGGAUAUGGAAGGAGGUUUUGGUGGCUGAUCUGUUUGAGGCCUUCCAGAACCAGGAUGGCGAUGUCUCCACGGGGAAGCGGAUGCGGGAGCUUUUCUUAGCACCUGGCGCUGAUGUGUCGCCAACGGCUUUGGUUCGUGAGCUUCGUGGUCGUGGUCCCAAGGUGGGGCCCUUUCUGAAGCAGCUUGGGCUGAGCCGGUUAAAAGUCUUGCGCCUUGCCUCAGUGACCCACAUGAAGAUGUCCUGUCCGCAGAUGCUUGGCAAAGAACGCUGUGACUUGGUGAAGUGUUGCAGCCAGGCUCGAGCUCGAGGCCGGCUUCUCCAGCUUGCCAAAGUUGCUGAGGAGAAGAGGUCGCAGCAGACCUUUGCGGUGCUAUGUGUGGAUGAAGGAACUUGGCCACAGGAUGUGAUGAAAGUGGACGCAGGUUGUGCCUUAAAAUUGAUGUCCAGGUGUAAAGGAGUCACUCGAGCGUGCUUGAUGGCUGACUUGGAUGCAGAGGCCUUGCGAUCCAUCCGCGAAUGUUUUGAGAGGCUGCUGGCCGUUUCAGAGUCGAUCAUUGGGGUCACCGCAGAUUUGGGCAAUCUGUGGCUGAAACAUCACUCAGCCAUCCGGGAAGUGAUCUCAGAGCGGCCCGUCUACUUGACGCCCAUCGUCCAGUUGCCCAUGAUCUCGGCUUCAUUCAAAAGUCGGGAGCAGACCCUGUUGGUGACAUGGGGUUCCCAAAAGGAGGUGGAGAUGUUGAAACCCACCUUUUGCUCGGGCUGCAACAUUGUGAUGGAUCUGGAUCGUCUUGAAAUCCUGGGUGUGGAUGUUUCCCAGGAUGCCCGCUGGGCACGAUAUUUGAACUUCGACACAAACACAGAUGAAGACAUGGCUCUGGGUUCAGGGUUGCUUCAGAUGGUCAAAGACCGCAUCUCGGAAGUCAACGUGCAGGGCAAGAAGGACAUGUUGAUCAAGAGCCUUAUUGUGACGACCCGGUUGAGCAUGUUCAGCAACCUCCUGCGUGAAGGGACAGGUCUCCCUGUGUUCAAUGAGCUCACGAUGUUGAACUUGUUUUCAUCUGCGUCAUCUUUGAGCCACUUCAACGAUGCCAAAGUUCUGUGUCGCUUGAGUGACAAACUUGCGCGAUCUCCAGCAAAGAGCCCCGGGGUGUCACCAGGAGGCUGCAAGUUGGGACUCUUGCAACUGGAAUACGAAUAUCCCCCAGCAUUUGGAGAUGUGGAUCACCCAGGCACCUUUGGCUUCAAAACUUGCCCGCGCAUUGUGAAGGGCUUGACUUUCGAGAAGGCUCAAGAAGGAUCCUUUGACCAAAACAUUCUGGAAGAGAUGAGUUGUGAGAUCAAGAAGUUGGAAGAGGAGGGUGUGGUUGGCAUUACCGGUAACUGUGGCUUCAUGAUGUAUUAUCAAUGUUUUGCUCGUCACAUCGCCAAAGUUCCAGUUUUCAUGAGUGCCUUGAUCCAGGCAGCAACUAUGGCAGCAGCCAUGGAACCAGCAGAGAGGGUGUUGAUCCUCACGGCGAAUGCAGCCACGUUACAACCGGGAAAGGACAAGCUGCUGUUAGAAAGCGGCAUUCAGGUGACCAACUCCGAGAAAUUUCUCAUUCGAGGCUGUGAGCAGCUAGCAGGCUUUGAUGCUGUUGCCAAUGCAGAGAGGGUCGAUACGAUCCGAGUGCAAAAUGCCAUCAGCAACUAUGUCUUGGAAAUUCUGAAGGAAGAGAAUUCACGUCAGGACUAUGGUGCGAUCAAGAUGGUGUUGUUGGAGUGUACAGAGCUUCCACACUAUGCAGAUGAACUGAGAAAGAUCACAUCUUUACCAGUCUUUGAUGCCGUGACGUGUGUGAACUACUUCUUUCAUGCCACAGCAACUCAGAAUUGGAACAACAAAACCUUUUCCCCGCACAAUCCGUCCUUUUGGGCGUCCAACUUUGAUGCAGAGGGCCAUCCCAAAGACAGCAAACGCUGUGCAGCAAACUGCGACAGCUGA